AGGCGCUGUCACACUAGCGAAAUUUCCGUUGACUUUUGAAUUUGUCGUCGACUUUUCAUGUUUUGACGACGACUUUCUGGUGUCGUCGUCACGAAUUUUGAAAACGGUACCGAUCGAAUUCAACCCAUCGCUACCGUCGACUUUAUUGUUUGUUUAUAUGUCGGAGAGCGCGCAUUUCAAGUCAUCAGAUGCGAGAUGGAGUUUUGGACAGUGGACAAGAUUGCCAGAACAGAUUUUGGUCGAAGAAAUGGGGGAGAGACAAUGCUUAUGGGACCAUAAGCAUGAUAGUUUUAUGAAAAAAGGUCUAAAAAUAAAAAAUUACCAAGAAAUCACCAUGCGACUCAGGGAAAACUUUCCUGAACUUGCUGAUCUUUAUACAGAUAAGCAUGCUAUAUCGUGAAUAUCAGAUUGUUAUAUAGCCUAGGUCUGCUCUCAUUAUGUUUUUUGUUUGUUUGUAUCAGCAAAUAAUAUAAACAAAAAUCUUUAAAAUUUUUGCAGUGUUUCUCUAGCUUAAUCUAUAAUAUAGUCUGACUCCGGCGCUUGGCUAUGUGCCAAAAAUUUUAUAAUCUAAUCUAAUCUAAUACAGUCUGACUGUGGUUGUGUAAACAAGGUUACGUAUAGCCUAUCUAGGCUAGUCCUAGCUUAUUUUUUUAAAUAAAACUUUUCACGUCCUUUUAACUAGGACCGAACCCAAAGAUUUUUUGUUAAUUCUAUGCAGCAUCAUUAAACACACGCAAGUACGACCCACUAGUUGCUUUGUGUUAUAAAGCACAGUUGUUUUAUCAUUCCGGGAAGUCACAGCUUAGAUGGUAUGUUUACGUUUUGACGACGACAACCACCGUAUGAAGAAGAACGUGUGUGACAACCAGAGUACGGAAUGACGUCGACUUCUUUGGAAAGUUGACGACAAACUCAGAAAAAGUCGACGGAAAUUUCGCUAGUGUGACAGCGCCUUUAGACUUAGAUUCAGCUGUUUACAUCUCUCGGUCAUUGAGUAUGAGAGAGUGGGAUGUAUGAAACCGAAAGUCCUUUAAGUAAAUGGAUGCAAAGACGGACGUAAUGUCUAGGUGAACACAGGUACACAGACAUACACAAGAGGUCGAGAGGUCACAAGAUCCUUGAGUACAGAUGCUUACGACAAGCUGGUUCCCUCCUAUUAUGACAAAUACACCGCCCCAGCCACCGAUGUCGAACCCGUCAUCGUUUACUUCGACAUGAAGCUUCUCGAUAUCACGUCCAUCAAUGAAAAUGAUAUGACGUUCAGCGUGGAAUCGUUCGUCACCUACCGCUGGAAGGACUGGAGACUACGCUGGCCUCUGGAACACCAAGAACACCAGACUUGCUGGAACCCUCCUCCUCCCAACAUCACCAAACCUCUUCAGUUCUUGGAGGUGUGUUCGGGGAACUACACCACCAUCAUCCAUCGGUGCAUGGACUCUCAUCCAGAUGCUGGAAGAAGGAUUAUUCUUCCCAUAACGUAUUUGGAUAAAAUCUGGCAGCCUGACGCUUUCUUCAAAAACGGCAUCCGGUCGUCAAUACACAAAGAUUGGGUGACCAAUGAAUAUUUGGCUUUUUACACUUCCGACGGCCAUAUUAGGCUCUUCAGCAGGAUGAGCGUUACCUUAAGCUGCCAUUUCGACUUCCAUCAUUACCCUCACGACGAACAGAAAUGUGAAAUGCUGAUACAGAGCUUGUCUUACAAAUCGGACACGGUGCAGUUCCAGUGGUGCGAGAGCUGGGCUCAUGCUGGCAGCAAGCUGGACGCCGAUAUUUUCUCAUUACCGCAUUUUUCUCUCGCCAAGUAUGAGCAUGAAGUAUGCAAUAGCGACUACCCGUGCGUCAAGGCGGUCUUCGUGUUGGUCCGUCACCCGGACUUCCACAUGUUGCACACUUACGUCCCCACAGUCCUCAUCGUCAUCCUUUCCUGGAUGUCCUUCUGGAUCGCUCCGGAUGCCACACCAGCUCGCGUGACCUUGGGAGUAACUUCGAUCCUCACAAUGGCGACCCAGUACUCGCAGUCAACGAAAAAUCUCCCUCCAGUCUCGUACAUCAAAUCCUUAGACAUCUGGAUGAUCACAUGUAUGGUGUACGUGUUUGCUGCCCUGCUCGAGUUUUCCAUCGUCUACCACGUCCACUACCGGCGAACUAACGGCUCCGGUCAGGGAAUUAUCAGCCCAACUCCAAAUGGACCGUCACAGGUACUUGGAGUCUCCAGCGAGCGUCUGACCCGAUGGACACUGGCCUGGAAGAACUUCUGGCGGGGGGACACCGCUAUCGACGAGGCCUCCAGGAUUCUCUUCCCUCUCACCUACUUCUCUUUCGUCACAGGAUACUUUAUCCUCUUGACAGGAUCCCAGCAGCAAGGGUCUCUCUCGGCUGAGAUCCCCCAAUAGCCUUUCCAGGUCAAGGUUGGGGGCCGCCUCAUUUCCUGAGACUCUUCUUUUGAUUGAUUUUGUUAUCAACUCUAUAAUUGUUAUUGAUAUUAUAAACUGAAGUGAUAUUGUUGAUGAUGAUCUAAUAUAUAUAUACAUGUGUGUCUUGCAAGAACAUGCCAUGAAUCCUUACUCAUGAAGGCAAGUCUUAAACCUCUCUUAGUUUCCAAGAAGGAUCUGGUCCUGUCUGUUGUAAGAGUUCAUGGAUGCAUGAUGUUAAAACGUACACUUAUAUUUGUAUAACUAGGUAAUGGUAUAUAUAUAUGUAUAUCUUUAGGUAGACUUAUCCUGACUCUUUGCAGAAGUAAAAGUACCGCAAAUAUUGCUGCUGCUUAAAAAAAAAAAAAAAAAAAAAAAAGCAAGAGGAAGAAUGCUUUUAGUG